UCAAAAUGAGUCUCUGGGUAGAUAAGUAUAGACCCACUAACUUAAAUAAAUUGGACUACCAUAAAACGCAAGCCGCUUAUUUGAAAAAUUUGGUUCAACAAGGAGACUUUCCACAUCUACUCUUCUAUGGACCUUCAGGUGCCGGGAAAAAGACACGCAUUAUGGCACUACUCAGAGAACUGUAUGGCUCGGGAGUAGAACGAUUAAGAAUGGAGCAUAUGAACUUCCAGACUCCAUCAAACAAGAAGAUCGAAAUAAUGACAGUGUCCAGUAACUAUCAUAUAGAGGUGAAUCCAAGUGAUGCCGGAAUCUAUGAUAGGAUCGUAAUUAUGGAUCUGAUUAAGGGUGCUGCACAAACCCAUCAGUUGGAUGCCAGUGGUCAGCGUGAUUUCAAAGUUAUCCUGCUGACGGAAGUGGACCGGCUGACAAAGGACGCACAACACGCUCUGCGUAGAACGAUGGAGAAGUACGUGGCGACGUGUCGACUGAUUCUGUGCGCCAACUCCACCUCCCAGGUCAUCCCCGCCAUUCGCUCGCGGUGUCUGGGCGUGCGGGUGCCCGCGCCCACUCACGCCGAAAUCGUUGCUGUGCUACAGAACGUGUGCAAAAAAGAAGGCGUGCCCCUGCCUGAUGAGUUGGCCGAUAGAAUUGCUGAAAAAAGCAAUCGCAAUCUGCGGCGAGCCAUACUCAUGUGCGAAGCAUGCAAGGUCCAACAGUUUCCUCUGACCAAAGACCAGGAAAUCGCUGAGCCCGAUUGGCAAGUAUACCUGCGAGACACGGCGAGGAUGGUUCUGUCUGAACAAACUCCCAGGAAACUCCUCGAAGUACGAACUCGUCUCUAUGAACUAAUAGUGCAUGGAAUACCGACUGAUAUCAUUUUCAAGGGCUUGUUGAAAGAACUCAUCAAGAAUUGUGAUCUGCAACUGAAAACAGCGGUGAUUGAGCUGGCAGCCACCCACGAGCAUCGACUCCAUAGGGGCUCCAAAGUCAUCUUCUAUCUCGAAUCAUUCAUUGCCAAAUUUAUGGCCUUGUACCUGCAGUUCAUGGAGGAAACUAUUGGGGGAAUGUACUGAGUGUGAGUGUUUUUACUUCGCUAAAAGGACAAAUUUAUAAUAUUGUGAUUGGCUUAAGCAAAAGGACAUCUUAUAAUUGUGAUCGGCCAAAGCAACUGUUUAGAGUCAAAACAUAAUAGAGCUUAGGUAGACGGUAUCAGAGAAGGUAGCUGAUAGAGUUGAAAAAAGCGUGUAUUAAUUUGUGUCUGAACAUAUUGGAGCGGCAAAUGUAGCGUAGAAUUUAGAAGGAAGUGGAGACAUUAAGAUACAUGCAUUAUUUGAACACUCUCAGCUACCUUAUCUGAUACACUCUACCUUUGCUGUUCCACUAUGUUUUGACCCUUAUAUGAAUAAGUUUCUACUUUAAAAAGUGUUAGGAAACCGGAAUUUUUUAUUAUUAUGAACUAGGUUAUUGAAAAUAAAGUAAACGUUUGUAAAUGAAA